AUGGCACACCCAACCAUGAAGAAAGAGGAGUUUCUUCGCAUACAACCACACACUAAUGAAUUGAUAUUAGCACAUGGAUCAAAAAAGUCGCCUUAUAGUCAAAGGUCAAGCAUGACCCUAUCCGAAAUACUCGAUCUCCCUAUUGCCCUGUUUUCGCUGCCUAUCGUGGGAUUUCUAGCUCUUCUCACAGGUCCCUUUCGUGCCAGGAAACAGAAAUUCAAUCCCAAGCAGUCAAUUGCUGCGAGUUUGCUGCUGCAUGUUGGUUAUGCGGUUCUGAGGAGAUCAUUGCUACCAUCCACUAUUACUACUUACAAGUUCUUUAUCUGGGGACAUGGGCUCAAGGACCAGAGUAUUGCCCUCGGUGAAGGCGCCACAGGGCACUGGUUGGGAAACCCAAAUGCCAAGAAUGUGCUCAUUUGGAUUCAUGAAAUCCUGGAACUAAAACACGAAGUAGGAGGAGGUUGGGCUGUGCCCGCGAAUAGAGGCUACUUUGCCUUCUUUCACAAAUUCCUGAAGGAAAUGCGCGCAGCAGGCAAAGACAUUGCCGUCUUUGCAGUCGCGUACACACUUGCUCCCAAAGCUGUCUAUCCAACCCAAUUUCGCCAGAGCGUCACGGCCGUGCGAUACAUUCUCGAAAAGACUGAUCGCAAGGCCAGCAACGUAUAUCUAGGUGGAGACUCGGCGGGCGGUAAUCUCGUGCUCGCUGUUCUAAGCCAUAUUGCACAUCCUCACCCGGAGAUUGAGCCACUCAAACUCGCCGCUGGCGAAGAGAUAGGCGGCGCAACACUGUUGUCGCCCUGGUCAUCACUUGAGACGACGUUCCCGCCGCUGGAGACAGAGCCGCUGGGUGAUUUGAUUCAUCCGGGAUGCGCCAGACCCUGGGCAGGGAGUUAUUUGGCUGAUCGCGAGAGAGACAACUAUACUGACCCACGGCUAGCGCCUAUUGGGUGGUGGCAUGAUGUUCCUAUCAAACACGUAUUGGUUACUGCUGGUGGGUACGAAUUGUUAUUGCCGUUUAUCGAAGACUUUGCAGACAGAUUGAUAGAAGGUCUAGGGGAGGGCAAAGUAGAGUAUUUUGUGGGCCCUAGAGAGGCACAUGUGGCACCUAUGUUCAACUUGCUUUUGGGCGACAGGGCGGAGACAGAGCAGGGCAAAAGGAUCAAAACGUUCUACAGGGAGGUGAUCAAUAAUGAUAGACUCCCCUCACUGUAG